CUGAAACAGGCUCGUCUUAUUUUGCCGAGUGCUUCCUAUUUUUGCUUUCUGUUUUGAAGCUGUUGCGUGCAUAAGUACAUUUGUUGAGUAAAUAACCUACUCGAACGCAUAGAUAUUUUCCUAAAGUUGUUUGACUGCAAGACUCGCGGGUUUUCCUCUGAACGCAUCCUCUCCACUCAAAUAAUGGAUUUGGUCUGGAGCCUGUGCUUCGUUGGGAGUCUCGGCGCUUGGUUUGCUUCUGCAGAAAGGCACAGCAUAUAUUGGAAUAGCACAAACAGCAAGUUCCUAAGGGACAGCUAUGCGGUGGAGGUGCGUCUGAACGACUACCUGGACAUCGUGUGCCCCCACUACCCGCUGGGCGAGGUGGCAUCGCAGGAUGCUGAGCGCUACGUGCUCUACAUGGUGGAGCGGGAGGACUACGACGCUUGCAAGCCUCAGUCCUACGACCAGAUGCGUUGGGAGUGCGGCCACCCCUUCGCCCCCCACGCCGCCGAGAAGUUCUCCGAGAAGUUCCAGCGUUUCACCCCCUUCACCCUGGGCAAGGAGUUCCGCCAGGGAGAGAGCUACUACUAUAUCUCCAAACCUCUGCACCACCACGGACAGGAGUGCCUCAGGCUCAGGGUAGACGUCGUAGCUACUGAUGGUUCUCAAGAGGCCAGGGUUGCAACUGGAGGAGCUGCAGCUGUACCUGGAGCUGGGGGUGGAGCACACAACCCCUCCAACAGACUGCCUGCAGAUGACCCAGUGGUAAUCCUGCCAGAGGUCCAGAAAAGUGUGCGGACAAAUUCAUCGGUGUCAAAGGCGUCCUUCUCCAUCCUGUCAUUGAUUGUCCCCGUCUUAUUAUUACUGUUGUUACAGUGAGACUACAAAUCUCAUAGACUUGAAGUUGGUCUGUGGGGAACCACAGACACAAAAGACAGUUCUCAAAGCCCAAGUGCUGGUCACUGGGAGAGGGACAUUUUUAAUCUCGUAAGUACGGAUGGACACAUGCACUAAGUGUGCUGAGUGAGAAUUUGGUUGGAGUUUUGUGGGAAGGCACUGAGCUUUCUCAAGGUGCCAGUAUUUCCUGGAGAGAUUUUGUUCUCUUUAAUGUUAGUGCUUUUGCUCUUCUCCUCCCCAAAAAAAACUUAAUUCAUUUUGGAAAAGUGCGUAAGAAAAAAAAAAAACUUAAUUCAUUUUGGAAAAGUGCGUAAGAAAAUUUUGAAGAGGAACAUAAAUGGACGAAGAACAAUCACUGAAGACAAAAGCUAAAGGACUUUCUUAUAUGGACAACUAUUUUGGAUUUGAUAUUUUGAUAAAACUGCAUUUAGUGAAACAUCAUCUCUAAGCUUUUGAGCCAAAGAAUACAGUGAUCAUCUCUUCAGUGUGUAACUAUUCUAUUCCAACCUUGACUAUUGUGUUCUGUUUGUGGUAUUGUUAUUGUACUGUAAUUGAGUGGCACUAAAUGUCCAAGUGGUUCUUAAUGUAGCAUCGACAAAAGCAGGGGACGUGUUAGCUAACUAUUAAUGUUCCUGUGCAGACUCGACCAUGUGCUUUCACAGCACUAACCAUACAGCACAACAACAGACAGACUGACUGACAUCACAAUACAGAUCCAUGACAUAGUAGACACUACGUGGAAAGGUAUUGUGUACAUUCUGUGAAAAAUCAUUUGUAAAAGUUUGCAGUUGAAAGAUAUACCAUAUGUUUAACAAAUGCUAUGCUAACUGUUGGUAAGUGAGCUCUCUCUGAGGGGGGAAGAGUUAGAAUAAGUGUUUCAGUGAGAGAGAACGUGUGCGAGGGAGAGCUAGAGGUCAAACAAAAAUGUUAAAACUGCCAAAAGCAAACACGGAUACAGUACAUUGUAUGUUGCAGUGUAAGGCAGACCUUCUGUAUAUCAGAUCAUGCACCCGUACCGUUUAAACUGACAAACAAAAUAACCCAGACUGAACUAUGCUCAUCACAGUGCUUGCCAGAGCAGUGUUGCACUGUUCUCUACCUCUGACACUAAAAAGUCAACCAAGUAAAAAUGUUUUUAUUCAAAAACAGUUGUAAUUUGGUUGGUAAUACACUAGAUGUACAAAAGUAUGUGGAUUUGGCGAUUUCAGCCACACCAGUUGCUGAGAGGUUUAUAAAAUCGGGCACACAGUCAUGCAAUCUCUAUA